AUGGCGCAUAAAACGGUGCGUCCCGUCUCGGCACUCCUCCUCGCCGCUGUCGCGGUGCUGGCGACGCUGGCGGUCGCGGAUAUGGAGCUGACGAACAGCUACUCGCUUACUGGUGCCACGUACAGCAGCUUCACCUACACCAUCUCGAAGAGCAUCCCCAACCAGCGCGUGCCGGUCAACGUCGCGCUGAGUGCAUCGAACGUCACUGGCGGCGAACUGAUUCUGGCCGGCUGGGCCGACAACGCCGAGCACGGGGAGUACGCCUUCACCAUGGAGCUGAGCAACUUUAUCUUUGAGGACAGCACGUUCAUUGUGCGCGAUGGCCUUCCGGCGGACGGCGUCCUCACCAUUCAGUCCCUGCAGGCCGUCAACAGCGCGUCCGCGCUGAGCCCAUUCGACUUCAGCGCCCUCUCCCUCACGCACAACCUCACCAUCUCGCUCGCCAACAUCUUUGUCCUGCUGGAGAAGCAGUCGGCGAACCUGCCCAUCAUCGUGGUUGGCGGCAGCACGCUCCGCUCCUCGGGCACCGCGGUCGACUACUACACUGCGCUGCAGAUUACCGCCCUGAAGAGUACCGGCGGCAGCUCCGCGAUGCAGUUGUCGGGAAGCACCUCGGCGCAGGACCUCAUCGCCGUCACCAACCACGCCCUUGUCUCACUGUCGAACGCGCACUGCUGCGGCUUGAAGGACGGCGUCGUUGUGCUUGAGCGACCCCUGUCGCUGUCGAACAACAGCUACUUCCGCAUUCGCGACGUCCUGGCUGACUCGUGCACCAAAGAGUGGACCACCGACAGCACUCUCUACCGCGUGCCACCCACCGUGGUCGACGCGCAGGGCGGCAGCAUCUCCGUCGGGACACAGUCCGUGUUCGUGCUGCAGGACGUCGUCGCGCGCGACUCAACCGUGUUGAAGGGUACCAACACGCAACUCGCUCUGGGUGAGGACAGCACCGUGUCGUUGCUUAACAUCACCGCCUCCUCACUGUGCACGACCUGCUCCGGCGGUCUCCUACCUCGAAAGCCGCCUCCUCCCGCCUCUACGCGAGCAGCUGGACGCUCAGUGGCUCGGCGACGACUGGCUACGCAGCCGCUGGACUCAACGACGCCACCGCCCUCGACAGCGCCGGCCGCGACGGCAGCGGCAACUGCGGCUCCUCGUUUUUGCCUCCCCGGCAACACGAUCGGCGCCCCGAGCUCGGCGUGCCAGUGCACGUGCAAGCCCAACACCUUCCUGCCCGGGUGCCAGGACAAACAAGACCUGACCACCACCGCCAGCGUGUGCAGCGACGAGCACUGCACCACCUGCGUUAGCUCUGAAGCCCAAUGCGACAAGUGCCGCAUUGGCUUUGCGGUUGUCUCCUCAAAGUGCGCGCGGGUGCAGUGCACUGUGCCGGGCUGCACGCAGUGCGCGCUCACCGACGUGAACCGGUGCGAGCAGUGCCGCAGCGGCUACGUGCUGACGAAUGGGACGUGCCAGGAAUGCGCAAGCACUGGCUGUGCGGACUGCUCCGACAACGUCGCGGUGUGCAACAAGUACUUCGAGGGCUACUCACUGGUCAAUGGCAGGUGCACGGGGACGUGCAUGUCUGUGCGGUGCCCGGCUGUUUUAAAUGCAAAAGUGACAAUUACACGCAGUGCGAGGAGUGCGCGUCGGGCUAUCGCCUCACCUCGACGUGCAAGUGCGAGGCAUGCGCGGAGCCGAACUGCGACCGCUGCCACGGCCGUGCCACCAAAUGUGAGUCCUGCAAGGACAGUUACUACCUCACAGCGGUCGCCACCUGCUCCCCCGGUCCCUGCAACGUGGCCAAUUGCAAGUACUGCAGCCCCAGCAGCAACUUUUGGUGCACCCAGUGUGUCAGCGGGUGCGUUCUUAACUUGA